AUGUCGAAUCUCAAGCGCAUCAAUGUCCUGCCUAACCCUGCCUACGACAAAGCAGGCGUCGCCUCAUACGCAAGUCUGUUGGAAAAGUAUGACUUCGCGCCUACCACCGCUGGCCCUUUCCAGAAAAUCGAAGAGAAGAAACGGUCUUUCAAGAACGCCUUCAGGCCGAAGAACAAGAAGGAAACCAAGCCUGUGCUGCGCAAGGUCGGAGAAGAUGGCAAACCAGGCGAAGUCAAGGCCGAGGAUCAACAGAACGACGCCCUUUACAUCUGUCCCGUCGAGAUUGGAACACCACCACAGACACUGAACUUGCACUUCGAUACAGGCAGCUCAGAUCUCUAG